AUGUCAAACUUCUUUAGGGAUUCCUCAAUGGCUUUUAAACCGAGGACCAAUAUAUUUUCGAAAUUAAGAGUACGUGAGCCAGAGCAUAGCGGUGGUGACACUUCAAUAAAUGGAGAAGAAGGAGAGGAAGGAGAAGAAAAUAGUUCAAUCAUUGAAAAUUUGUUUAUGAGCACUGGCCAUCCCCAUGAAGGUGAGAGUACAGAGGGUUCAACCGUGAUUUCCAAAAAUAAUAAUCUAGAUGAAUUAUCAGAUAAGAAAGUUCUAGGUAGAGCGAGUUUGCAGUCAAGUACUCCUAAAUCUGCCCAUAGAAUGAAGGAAGACUUUGAAGAUGAGCUAGAGAUCACAGAGGUGAGAAAUGUGUCUCCAAUUAAAAAAAAUAUUUCGAGUAGAAGCAGUGAGUUUCUAGCAAAACAAUUGGAUAACGAUAAAGCUACAAAUGAUAGAUUUGAGUCCACCGAAGCAUCAUCGAAUGAUGUUUUAUUAGAAGCAUUCACCAAUACCCAAAAAAUUUGUUCUAGUUUGAAACAAGAGCUAUCAAAACAACAACAAGAAAACUCAAAAUUAAAAUUGCAUGUUAAAUCCUAUGAUAAUGAGAGCAAAAAGAUUCUUGAAAAGUUUACUGAUUAUAAAAAAUCUCUGACACUAUUAGAAGAAAAAUCAAAAUGGUUGUUAGAGCAAAAAAAAAUAAAUGAUACAAAAUUCCAAGAUUUGAAACGUAGUAAUAAGGCUGUGACAGAGAAAUUGACUAAUUGCAAGAAUGAUGUAGAUAAUUUAAAGGUUUCUUUAAUCAAAAUGAAGAAUUCGAAAGCUGAAGUAGAAAAUGAAAUAGCAAGAAAAGUUAAAGAAAUUGAAUAUUUGAAAAAAGAAUUAGAUAAUUGUUCUGGUCAGCUAAGUGAAGAGAAAAUUAAAAAUAGUUCCUUACUUAUGGAAUUUUCAAGAUUAAGAGAUCAUUCUUCUAAGCAGCUAGAUGAAACUGCCAAAAAAAUGAAUGAAUUGUAUAAUAACAUGGUCGGUUACUUAGAAACUGAACUUUCAAAGAGAAUAAAUGAUAAACUGGAUUCCUCAAACGAAAAAAUAUUAGAAAAGAUAGAUGUCAAUAAACUCGAAACUGUAAUAUUAUAUGAAUCACAGAUGUCACAGUAUGAACAGCACUUCAAACAAUUUGAAGCAACAGAAAUGAAAGCACUAGAAAAUAUACAAUCCGUCUAUAAAGCAAAUAGUGAAAAUUUAAAAGUAACAUUAACUUCAUCUGUUACAGAAGUUUCAGAAUCAAUCGAAUCUUUGAAAGAUAAGAUGAUAUCUCAUGAAAAUUUAUCAAUCGAGAAAGUCGACAAUCUCAGUGUGGAACUAAGUCAAUUUAAAAAUCAAGUUUUCGAUUGUAAGGAAUAUGAUUCUAAAAUAAAUAGUCUGUCACAAGAGAUUUCAGAUCUGAAAUUACAAAAAACCCAAACCUUGUCGCUAUUAGGAACGAAGGAAGCCGAAUUUGAAGAGGCUUCUAAAAAAUUAAUCGAGCAAACUGCACAACUAGAAAAAUAUAUUAUUAGUAAUGAUACAAUGACAACAUCUAUCAAAAAUUUAGGUAAUGAAUUAAAGGAGGCAGAGAUUAAUAUAGAUCGUUUAAAGGAUGAAGAGAAAGUCAAUCUUUCUAAUUAUGAAAAUAAAAUAGCCGCCCAUACUGCUAUAUCAAAUACUCUAAACUCAGAAAACGAAAUGUUAAAAAAGAGAAUAGCACAACUAGAAGAAGCUUCAACAACUAUUCAAGAAGAAAACACGAAAAAGAAAGACAGAUAUCAAAAAAUCAAUGACCAAUUAAAUAAGUUGAAUGUAGAAGUUGUUCAGUUAAAAGCUCAUGAACUUGAACUAGAAGAAGAAAAUAGGAGACUGAAAACAAAAUUUGAAGAAGAAAGAAAUGGUUAUGAAGAAACUUAUAAUGAAGUAAAAAGGUACAAACAAAAAAUUAUUUUAUUAGAGUCAGAUAAACAAGAGAUAGUUUCUGAAAAACUCGAAUUACAAGAUAGCAUUGAACAACUGAAAAAAACGAUAGAUCAUCUAAAGAAAGAAAAUCUAAAGAAGGAAAAAAUUAAUACAAUUAAUAACGAUUUAAAGACUAAUGGUGAGAAACAUCCAGAAAUAUCAGAAAAUUUCAAAAACCCAUAUGUCUCAUUAAAUAUAAAAGACGCAGAGAGUCUUUCUGACACUAAAAGUCAAAAGAUAAUAUCAAGUCAAUACACUUCAUUCCCGCAACGUCAACAGUCAAAAUUAAACAAGAAAGAUGAGGAGGGAAAUGAUGAAUUUGAUCUAUCAUCCUCAAUGAAUGAUGAUCUAGAGAUGACUAUGCCAUCUCCAGUUGCCAUUAAACAAGUAAGAAAUUCUAGAAACUGUAGUCAAUUGAAAAAAGCCACAAUUAAGCAUUCAAGAAAGAAACUUCUAAUCCCUGAUGAUGAUGUUGGAAUGAAAUCCAAUAACAAGAAAAGGAAAAAAAAGAUAUGA